GAAUGAUAUAGUGAAAGCCUUUUACUCCUUCGAAACAAGCUCCUGCCCGACCGGCUCCCGGCACCCCGCCUUCUUACCUUCCAGCGAGUCCGAGCGGAGUUACGACCCCGGGGCUUAUCGCGUGCCUCGCAACCCGAUUCGACAGCAAGAUCUCCGCCUCCCGUCCUCGAGAGCGACGAUUUCCUUGGCGUCAAUCCGAGCCAGACGACGGCCUCAACCUCCUCCUCACGCGUCGCAGUAAACGCAAGCCAAAAAUUCGCCAUCGAUCUCGACUGUGUCUCGGUUCUUCUUCACCCAAAUACGCCCACUUCCUAAGCCGCCUACAAGAUCAACCGUGUACCAAUCCCGUUUCUACACAGCACCAACUGGCCCGUCACAAUUCUCGCGAAAGCUGCCUGAGCGCGCCGCAUCGCCAACAUGCCGGCCACCUCGACCAGACGGCAUCAACUAGCUGCGGAGCAGUUCGUCUCAGUCACAAAAGCGUCCAGGGACGACGCACAGGCGUACCUGAGGAACAACAAUUACGAUAUCGAGGCCGCCGUCAAUCAGUUCUACUCAGACUCCGCCAAUGGACCACCAAACGUCGACCAGGCUUUGGAAGCCAUGUUCGACUCUCUCGCCACUGAAACCAGCAAGGAUGAGCUGGAUAUGGACGGAACCAUAGCCUAUUGUCAGGCCUUAAACGUUGACCCGGCCAGCUACGAGUUCUUUGUUCUCGCAGACAUCGUUCAGGUGCAAAGCUUUGGCCAGAUCACUCGCCAGGGUUUUGUCAAGGGCUGGAAGCGGGCAACCACGGUCUCGCCCGACAUGGACGCGCACCAGCAGUAUGUCCAGUCGCAGAUACGCCUCGUCAAGACGGAUGCUGCGGUUUUUAGGAAGGUGUACCGCAGCGCGUUCGUCGCGUGCAAGGAGGCCGGAAAGAGGGAGCUGGACAUGGGCGAGGCGCUGACGUACUGGGAGGUGCUGUUCGAGCCUACCAUGCACGGCUGGGCGACUGCCAACGUCGAGUGGCUCGAGGCCUGGAAAGGGUAUCUGACGGAGAAGUUCUGGGUCGACAAGGGAGGGGCACGCAAGUGGACGCGGUCUGUUAGCCGGGACCUUUGGAAUCAGAUUCUCCUUUUCGCCGAGAGGACCAUGGCGGACGAGACGCUUGGUUUCUGGUCCGAGGACCAGGCUUGGCCGGGCCUCAUUGACGAGUUUGUGGUCUGGUGCAAGGAGAAAGGCAUCGUCAAGGCACAGAACGAGGAGACCAUGGAAUUGGAGGAAUGA